CAGUGCGCGCGCUCAUUGGCUGUCUCGUGAGCGUCAGGUCUGUGCGUCUGUCUGUUUGAGAUUCAGUUUGAUCGGACGUCCGUUCAGCGGAGGGCGAAGAACACCUGCUUCUGCAUCGGACAUGGAGCGAGCGAGUGCUGAGGCGUUGGAGGCAGAACCUGAUGGCUUCUUUGACAUUCUGGAGGAGAGGCGGCAGGGCAGUGAUAUUAGCCACGCCCUUCGGACCUUUAACCCCCAGCCCUAUCGUGGGGCCGCACCCACUUCAGCUAGUGCUCUCAACAGGAUGGUGCUGGAAUCACAGCACCUGAGCUACAUCAUACAGGAGAUCACGCUUGAGAGUGAUGAACCUCGUGAGGUGCUUCUAAAAGAGGCGUCUGCGAUUCUGGACGAGAUGAGUCAGAACCUUCAGCUGGGCUUCAUUCGACUGCUGGGAUUCAUACUGAGCAAAGUGUUUAAGAGUGUGUUUCGCUCUAUACAUGUCAAUGAGGAUGGACUUACACAGCUGCGGCAGGCCAUUCAGGAGUAUCCCGUUAUCCUGAUGCCCAAUCACAGGAGCUAUGUGGACUUCCUCGUUCUGUCGUACAUCAUGUUCACCUAUGACCUCUCUAUUCCUGUCAUUGCAGCUGGAAUUCCUCUGAUGGGGAUGAAGCUGAUUGGUGAGAUUCUUCGGAGGGCGGGAGCGUUCUUUAUCCGUCGUGCUGUUCGCUCAGACAAACUUUACUGGGCCGUGCUGUCUGAAUAUGUCAGAACAAUUGUCCGAACAGGUUUUGCACCUGUAGAGUUUUAUGUUGAAGGAUGGAGGAGUCGAACACAGAAAUCUCUUAUACCAAAACUUGGAAUGAUGGAAAUGGUAUUGGAGCCUUUUUUUAAAGGAGAAGUGUUUGAUAUCAGUCUAGUCCCCAUCAGCAUCAGUUACGACCGUGUGCUGGAGGAGUCGAUCCUCGCUAAGGAGCUGCUGGGGUUUCCCAAACCUAAGGAGACCACUUGGGGUUUGCUGAAGGCCUGGACGGUGCUGAAGGAAGAUUACGGCUGCAUGCAUGUGUGCUUUGGCAACCCUGUGUCUGUAAGAGACCUGGUGAAGGGAAAGAUGAACUGCAAACAGUACAAUCUUGUGCCCAGAGACUUGCCAAUGAAGGCCAAUAAGCAGACACAGGAGUUUGUGUCAGGUCUUGCCCACGUGAUAGUCCGAUUGCAGGAGAGAAAUGUGGUACUAAGCCCCUGGAACCUGAUUGCUGUGAUUCUCCUGCAGAACCUCCAGGGCAUUGAUUUAGAUCAGCUAACCCACAAAACGCUCUGGCUGAGGAGACUCGCCCUGCAGUUUGGAGCUCACCUCAACUGGCCCAAGCACAUUUCAGAUUCUGAGGUGAUGUCAUCAAACCUGACACUGCAUCACUCAGUAGCACACUGUGAUAAAGGGCAUAUCCAUUUAGCGGAGGAGGCGGGUCCAGUACCUGUCAGUCAAGAGGAGGGCGUGUUCAGACGUGCUACUGCUGUGCUCAUGUGUGCCUCCUACAGGAAUCAAGCUGUCCAUGUAUUCACACGGCCUGCUAUGGUGGCGGUCACUCUGACAAAAGCAGCGAGUAAUAGGACUGAUGACAUCUUUCGUCAUUUUAACCUUCUGUUGGAGCUGUUUUCCAAUGAAUUUGUCUUCAUUCCUGGUCAAGUGUUUCAGGAUUUUGAGGAGGGCUGUUCUUUGCUACAGCAGUCUGGUGUAAUUGGUCGCUCUGAUCAAGAGGUUUUUGUGAGAGAUGAAGGCCAGGAAACCAUCGUCUUCCUAAGAGCGAUUCUGCAGCCUUUCAUAGAGAGUUAUCAGGUGGUGUUUAGGUUUCUGUGUGAGGAAAGCUUGCAAACAUUCACAGAAAAGAACUUCUUACACAGCGUCCGCAGAUUUAUCAUGAAGCUCAUUAUUUCAGGUGAAGUUCAUUCAUAUGAGUGUUUAUCAUCUGAUGUACAAAAAAAUGUUCUUUCAACUUUGUUCAGGAUGGAUGCUCUGACCAAAACUAAAGUUGAUGGGCAGACUGAGUUCAGUGUGAAUAAAAGUGCAGUGACAAGAAUAAGGGACCUACUGAGUAAAUAAUAUGGUGAAUUGACUCCUCGUAUCAGUUCAGACACCAAACUGUGAAGAAAAGAAUCAGAUGAGAGCGAAUCAUCUCUCCAUUUAUACCUGCUGAACUCAUCUGUUGUGAUAACAGAGGUUAUGUUUCCUAGUGUAACAGAGAAUAAACCUACAGGAGCUGCUCUAGAUGUAGAAUUAAUCAGACUGUUAUUGUAUGUACAGCUGAUUUGUUUUUAUUGACCAUGUGAAAAUCAAUAGAACAUAGAUAUUCAGCUGAAAAUUACAGUAGAGCAACAACCACAAAAAACAAAAGUAUUCAUUUAAAAACGUAUGUUCAACAUGAAACUGGUAAUCAAAUAACUAAAUUAACCCUCCUGUUGUGUGUAAAUGUGGGCGACACUGUUGAUAGUGUGUUGCAUGCCAAAGACAAAUAAUAGUCCCUUGCAUAAUAUUUACAAUGUAUAGACCAUUUGGAAAUGUAUGUUUAUUGCAUCUGAAAGCGACACCUUUUUAUUCAUGAUUGUAUGAAAAAUAGAGUAAUAUGUUAUAAACACAUUAUUGUGCUGUUUUUACAAAUACUACUUUUCUUCCUUUAUUUUAGGAAAAGCUGUUGAUAUAAAGCAUUCACAAGUAGUCAAAAAGAGGUUUUCAGAGGCGUGAAACAUUGAAAGGGGACCAAAAGCUCAUAAACGCUCUCUAAUAGCGAAAAACUCAUGUUAGGGCAUAAAGGCAAGGGAUACUUUUGUAAUAAGCUGACAAUAUCAUGGGAGAGUGUCAGCAAUUAUAGGUAAAACAGUAGAGGAAAAUAAAGCUGUACUUUUUUCUAGGUUGCCUACCAUAAAAUAGGUGACCCCAUACUUCACCGAUGUGGUCAAAAUGUGUGCAGGGAUUUUGAAAACUUAAACAUUUGAAGUACAUAUUUGUGUGUUCUUCUAAUAAAUGUAUGAAUAGUCAGAAAGAUUUGUUUUUCUAAAAGGUUUAGCAUAUUUUUAAGAGAUGGCAAAGUUCCUGUGAGGUCAAUUUUUUUUAUCUGUGCAGUUUAAAAAAUAUAUAUUUUUGUAUAAUAACAUUGUAAUAAAAUAUUGAUUACUGUAUGUAUAUUCUGAUAAUAAUAAUUCCUUACAUUUAUACAAACAAAAAUCAUUUUACCAUUUUUAUUUGUAUUUUAUUUUUUUGACCAAGUACAAAGGUAAUACCAUUGUAAUGCUCCAGUGCUUUUUUUGUAA